AUGGAGGAGGAGAAGGAGAUGGGAGGAGAAGGAGAUGGAGGAGAAGGAGAUGGAGGAGAAGGAGAUGGAGAAGAUGGAGAAGAUGGAGAAGGAGAUGGAGGAGAAGAAGAAGGAGACGAAGAUGGAGAAGGAGAAGAAGAAGAAGGAGAGGACGGAGAGGAAGGAGAAGGAGAGGAAGAAGAUGGAGAAGGAGAGGAAGAAGGAGGAGAAGAAGGAGGAGGAGAAGAAGAAGGAGAAGGAGCGGAUGAAGAAGAACAUAAUGCCAUUUGUGAAACUUUCCGCUUUUCUCUC